CUAGCUUUACCUAGGUGGCUGUAGGGCCAAGUAUCUAAUAUACUGAUAUAUGCAUGACAUGCAUGUUUGUACAUCUAGUUGUUUAUAAUCUGACAAUUCACAUAUUCAGCAAUGAUUCAAAGAUACUGAUGAUAUGCACCCUUUUUGGACAUAUUCGAUUGAGGGUGGACCUCAACGAGUUAACCACUCGGCAGUAAUUAUCAAUAAAGAUAUAUAUAUGUUUGGUGGAUUUUGUUCUGGAGAAGAUUACAAUACUGAUGAUGCUGAUACUGACUGGACUGCCAUCGAUAUUUAUGCCUUUAAUACGGAAUUCUUAAGAUGGAGAAGAAUACAGCAAAGGAACGAAUAUUUUGAAAAUGUUCCAUACAUGAGGUAUGGUCACACAUCUGUUGCAAUAGACGAAAAAGCUUAUUUGUUUGGAGGAAGAAGCGAUUUAUGUGGGGCUUCCAAUAUUUUAUACUACUUUGACACAGGGAAUUUUUGUUGGCAUACGCCCAAAGUCUGUGGACAUUUGCCUGGCGCUAGAGACGGACAUGGAAUGUGUGUUGCAAGAGGAAAUAUCUACAUUUUCGGUGGAUACGAAGCAGAGGUUGAACAAUUUUCUGAAGAAACCAUGAUGUUGGAUAUGAGGACUCUGACUUGGUCUUUACUACAAACUCAGGGUCAAACUGGUUUGUGGAGAGAUUUUCAUACUCUUACGGCUUAUGGAGAUAAAAUUUAUUUGUUUGGUGGACGAGGAGAUGAUUCUGACAAUUCUAUUUCACAGCCAUAUGAUAAUGAUAUUAAGGUUUUGGAUCUAAACACAUUGGAAUGGUCUGCAGCUGCUCACGCCAAUCAAAAGUUGCCAGUUGGUCGAAGAAGCCAUACUGCAUUUAUUCAUGAAGAUAGUAUCUACAUAUUUGGUGGCUUCAACUCUAAAUUAAACGAGCACUAUAACGACCUCUGGAAGUUUGACACGAAAAGUGGACUAUGGAAAGAAAUAUCUGUUCAUGGAAUAGGACCAUGUCCACGUAGAAGACAUUGUUGCUGUUAUAAAGACAAUAAAGCAUAUAUAUUUGGUGGAACAAGUCCAACACCUACAUCUCAUUCCAACCAGGAUCUCAUAGAUCAGUCAGACACUCAUGUCCUUGAUUUAGAACCAAAUUUAAAAGUUCUUUGUCUCAGUGUUGUUAGAGAAUUGUUCAGGAAAUGUUACAAUCUUGACUUGAGUUGUCUACCUGUUGAACUGGAAUAUUUGGUCAAGCUGAGAAACAGUGGAAUAACUGCUAUACGGAACAAUAAUAAGGGUUGAGGAUGGUUAUAUAGAUCGUAUAUAAAUAUAUAUAUAUAUAUAUAUUAUAGACCAAACAAUCAUACAUGUCGGAAUAACAAGUCAACUAAUUUCAAACUUUUCAAACAAAGGUCUGUAGCUGGCCUACAUUCCACUCUGGAUGGAACAGAUUUUUUGUCAAUUGGGAAAUUUUGUAUUUCUUCUCAGCUUACUUUUUCAAAGUGAAUUAUACCUCACACACGGCAUCAAAGGAGUUUUGGCUGCACGUCUAGUCUAUUCUUUUUAGAAAAUCCAAAUCAGAGCAAUAUUUUAAAUAUGCCUACGAUCCCAGUUUUAUGAACCGCUCACCUUCUCAAUGAAUGUUUGAGAUAAUCACACUUACUACACAAGUCAUCAUACAUUUAUACAUGGUUUAUAACUCUAUGCUUUACGAGCAAUCUAACUCAGGGCAAUGUUUUAUUUUGCCCCAUGAUCCCCCUUUUUGAACAUUUAGUAAUCUGUAUAAAAACAAGGGGAAAAGAUCAUGAUAAAUUUAAUCUGAAGGGCAGGAUAUAAUCUUGGCUUCUUUACUUUAAAGAUUUAAUAAUCAUAUUCUAAUAUAAAAUGCAGUAUUACUGAAUUGCACUGUAUGUUUCUUUUUAAAGCAGCUGUAUAGUCUUUGCAUUAUUUUGUUGGUGCUAGUGUUGAUAAAUUUCAUAGUCCAGCUACUAUAUGUGGAUUAAAUUGGGUCAAAUGAGACAUUUCAUUGUGGUUCCCUUAAUUGGAACCAAGUUUCACUUCACCCCUGUUUACUCUGAUGAUUUAUCAAUGCUGGUAUUUGGUAUAGGUUCUAUGUAAACUUACAAAUGAAAUAAUGUGUGAAUACCUUCAGUAUAAAAUUUAUUGUAUUUCAAGCAAACUGUUUAUGUUUAUCUGGAUGCCUUCUAUCUAAAUAGCCAGUCAUAGAAUUACUUACAACUAUUUAGCAAAGACUGAUUUCUUGCUCGAUUGUGAGCCGAUGCUCAAAUCUGAUUUUCUUUUGCCAUCCUAGUAUAUAUAUAUAUCUACAUCAUUGCUGGUGAUAUUUUCUUUAUUCAUUCGUUUUUUGACUAACCAAUCAAAUCUUGUUUUCA